UUAUUUUCGGACCAGUGAGUACAUUUUUGCACAUAAAAGCCCUAAAAUAUACGAGUAGUCCAAAUUUCAGGCCCAAAUGUAUUCUCAGUUAUAAUACAAAACCGUUGCUAAUUCCCGCCCUCAAAACAAUCCCUAUAUAAACACUUCAACUUUCCCCAAUUUCUCUCUCCUUCUAUUUGCUGCUAAUUACUUCUUCAGUCUAUCUUCUCUUUCUCUCUCUUUCAAAUCAAAUUCCAGAAAUUCUUCCAAACAUUUUCGAUUCAACUUCGGAUUAGAUGAAGCUAAAGAUCAACAAAGCUUGUGAUCUCAAUUCUAUCUCUGUUCUUCCUCCUCAUUCCAGGAGAUCGAGUAUGAUGCAGCAACCGAGGUCGCAGCCGUCGCAACAAUCGUUCUCGCAAGGUUUUUCGUCGCAACAGAACGGAAUUUUCUCUCAAAUCUCUCAGAACUCUGUCGACGAGGUUUUAACGGACAAUCAGAGAUUCAGUUCACAAGAGAAGGAUCAUUCUGUAAGAAGACUUUCUUGUCUCGCCCCCACAGCAUACCCUCGGGAAGAAAGCCAGAUGCCACUCUCCAGAAAUUCCUCUAGUUUGACACGUAGGUGGAACUCUACUACUGUACCAGAACAUAAAUGUCAGCUAAGUGAUGAACUUGAACACAAAAUCUCUAUGAUGGAUACAUCUCUGAACAGAUUAGGGAUGAUCUUAGAUUCUGUUCAGGCUGAUAUUAUGCAAGUGAACAAGGGGACAAAAGAGUUAUCCCUUGAAGUGGAAGGCAUACGCCAAAAAUCAAUUGCUCAUCAUGAUUCCCUCCAUCUGCUGAAUCGAACACAAGAAGAGAUGAAAACUAGCCUGGAAUCAAUCAGCAAUCAACUGCUUACUAUUAUGCAGAAGGACAAGAACCAAGAGGUUAUGAUGGCAGUUUCAAAUCUGCAGGAGAAAAUUGACUUAAAUUAUCAGAAACAGAGUGAUGAACUGUCUAAAUGCUUAUCUAGAGACCUGCAGGAAAUCAUGUCCAGCCUUAAGACCUUACAUCAAAAGAAUGCGCCCUUUUCCAUUCUUCCACCAAAGAUGUCUGGUGUUAGUUCUUCAUCACAGAAGCCGAUUUUAACAAGGGAAGCUGAGCCCCUUAAAGUAUUCAAACCGUCACAUCUUGCUCCAAAGAUAGAAAUGGGAAGGUGGACCGCUGUCAAACCAGAGCAAACUGCUCAAUCAAAUCGAUAUGGGAAUUCUUGCAAUAAUCCGAAACAAAGAUCUUCCAUGGAUAGGGAACAGAAAAUUAUUAUUGACUUAGACGAUGAGACUGAUGGCGCUUUUUCUUGCUUGAUAGUUGAAAAGGAAUCAGAUAGACAUUUUAUGGUGGGAUUGGAGGAAGACACUGCACGAAUCCUUAGAGAAGCCAGAAGAAGAAAGAGAAAGCGGGAUAGUAAAAAAUUAUUUGCAACUCGCAGAAAGUGAAGAGCAUCAGAUGCCUCCUGAUCCUUUCUUAUAUUCAGCUCCUCAUUGGCCCACUCUCUUGUCCUUCUCGUUCUUGGUGGUUCACUACGUUACACUGACAGAGUGACAGUGUACCCAUGUACAUGCUUAAAGAUCUGUAAAAACAAUGGGAAACUUGAAGUUCCAUGAUGAAAUAUCCCAAAGAAUCCGAGACCAUUUUAUACUCUCAUCCAAAGUAUAUAGUUGCACAGUACAGGAGAAGAAUCAACUCAGGCUUCAAUUUUGGUGUUUGAAGUUGUAAUCUGAGUAGUUCUUUCAUGUAGCUGAUUCUAGGAAUUAUUCAGACUCCUCGCCCUUGCUAAUUACAAGGGUUUGAAAUUACUCGCGAUAUCUUUCGUUUGUUCCAUCUUUAUGGAUGCAACAGUGUAAACAAUAUUUUAUCAAUCCAGUAAUAUAUUAAAUCUUGUUUA